CUCAUGUCUAGAACCAUGGUCUGUCUCCACAGGCGAGACGAUAUGGAAGGCCAUGUUCGGUAACCUAAUUCAGGUCUAACAUAACUAACUAUAAGUGAGUGUUAGUAUACGGCGGUCAGUGGCAAAGAAAGUUUCUCAGAUGCACCCAAUAUUGAAUCCAAGUUUGUUUCGAUCCCAUAUUUCCGAGUGCUGGAUGCGGCUUGUUGCUACGCUGUCAUUUAUCGUGGUUCUAUAAUUGGGAGGUGUAAAUAACCGGGUAAAUGCGAUACAGCCAGAAGGGGGUGAAAGCAAGGCUCAAGGAUCAAUCAACACACGGAGCCAUGGCUGUCCUAGAUCCCCAAUGCGGAAAUCGAUGCCAAUAAAGCUGGGAAAUGAUCCUGACCAAUGGUUUGGCGGCGUCAAAGUGAAAGAAAUCUUCGAGCGAGUUCCUUGCGCUCGGCAGUUAGUGAGCGCCAGCCCGUGAGAGCGCCCUCCCACGAUUCAUACAAGUACGACAGGCAUCACGGAAUUCCAGAGAUUUCAGAUCCACGGAUUUCACUUCUGCAACCGUGCAUCUCGUUGCCUUCUCUCAGCUUACCAUUGUUGCUCAUCCGGCGCCUCACUUAUUCUCACUAAAGGCUCAUCGAUUAAACGUCUUAUAAGUGAAAAUCAGUCACGAUGCAGCUAACUUCGCUCGCUGCCGCCGCGCUUCUAGCGCAAAAUGCUGCCGCUCAGUUCGGAAACUCUAUGCUGCGAUUCGCAUGCUCCCAGUUGGUCGUUGACCGAAUCGACCCCUUGGUCAACCCCGGCAUGAAGUACACUCCUCACCUUCACCAGCUGGUCGGUGGUAACUCCCUGAACGUCACCAUGGACCCCACAAGUCACGACCUGGCUUCGUCCACCUGCACAUCUUGUACCUUCAAGGAGGACAAGUCCAACUACUGGACCGCCGUCAUGUUCUACAAGGCCAAGAACGGAACAUACAAGCGUGUUCCUCAGGUCGGUAACGGUGGCCCGCAAGGGAAGCUCAUCAACAAGGGCGGUCUCGACCUUUACUACAUCCCCAGCGGCAAGACCACCGCUUUCAAGAAGGGUUUCCGUAUGUUGGCUGGUAACGCCGCCAACACCGACCCCAACAGGGUCCAGAAGUCAAACAUCUGCCACCGAUGCUGGACAUCGCCCAACGAGAACACCUUCGUUGGCGGUGCUCCUUGCACUGGCUCCGAUACUGUCGAUAUCCCCAGUUCUAAGAGCUGCAAGAUGAUCCGACAGACCAUCAUCUUCCCUACCUGCUGGGAUGGAAAGAACCUGGACAGCCCCGACCACCAGAGCCACGUCGCGUACAGCUCCGGCUCCGGCGCCACCGGCGGCGGUGCUUGCCCGUCCACCCACCCCGUCAAGCUCCCCCAGAUCAUGUACGAGCUGAUGUGGAACGUGACCGAGUUCGCCAACAGCCCCGACUUCCCCACCGACGGCUCCAACCCCUACGUCUACUCCAUGAACCUCGGUGGCCCUGCCGCCCACGGCGACUACCUCUUCGGCUGGGAGGGCGACACUCUCCAGAAGGCCAUGGACAACAUCGGCCGAUGCGGUCUUAACACCGACUGCGCUACCGCCGGCAUCCACGCCCAGACCCCGGCCCAGUACAACGCCUGCACCAAGGAGCAACAAGCUCCGGAGGAUGUUGACGGCUGGCUCGCGGCUCUCCCCAUGGGCGAAAUGGCGAUCAAGGCUUAGACGGGAGAUAGGCGGACCGGGUUUCCACGGGAAAGCUCGCCAACAAGCAGAGGGGGUCCAAGUAUCACAUCGGAAGGUCUCGUGGGUUUUUGCUUUGGCUCUAAAAGAUGGGAUUUUACGAUUUUUACCCCUUUGUAGG